AUGUCGGGCAUUACUUCAGGCAUUACUGUCUCCGAGGAACUGUCGACGCAGUUCAAGCAGUCGGCGGGAACGAGAGUGAUAAAGGUAUCCAUCGACAAUGAAUUGCUUGUCGUUUCCAAGACGCUGCCUUUGACUUCGUCCUUGUCGAGCGAUGUGCAGCAUAUCUCGAGCAUUGUGGAUGCGGAUACUGCGGCGUACUUGCUCGUGCAGCUGGACUCGAAGGGGAAAUGGGUACUGGUAUCCUACGUACCCGACACUUGCACUGUGCGACAGAAGAUGUUGUACGCAUCGACUCGGAAUGCACUCACUCGUGGCCUCGGGGCAGCAGCCUUCGUCGACUCGGCCUUCAUCUCCGCCCCGUCCGACCUCGCUUCCACCCUCGUCUCCCGUAGUACGAGCUCAACCGGCGGUGGACCAGCGCGCUCCGCCACUUCCCCCGGGCUCAUACCCCUCAGCAACGGGGAAAAAGAGCUCGCCUCUAUCCGCGCUGCAGAAGCGGUCGAACUUGCUAGGAGCACCACUCCCAGGAGUCUGCACCAGCGGUCGGACAUGCAAUUUGAGGAGGAUGCGGAUGCGGCGAUCUCAGAACUUAAUGACGGAGAGGGGCAGGUCGUCGUACUCGGGAUAAAGACAGGGAAGGAGAAGGACGUGUUUGUGCUCAAGAACAAGGAGGACGUACCUCACGGACAAGGACUGGCAAGCGUUCUCCCGAAGGGCGAACCGUCCUAUGUGCUCUACGCGCUGAGCGUCAACGGGAACCGGGUUAUACUGUUCGUCUACUUCUGUCCGAAUGACGCAUCCGUCAAGGAGAAGAUGGUAUACUCGACCUCCUUCUGGAACGUAGUGAAGAAAGCAGAAGAACACUCGCUCAACCUGGCGCGCAGGAUCGAAGUUUCUGAGCUCUCGGAGCUGACAUACGACCACCUCAUCUCCGAGCUCAAGAGGGAAGGAGCAGCUCCCACCGGUGCUGGUACCGUAGCUGGCGCCCCUGCGGACCGGGCAUCCUCCAGCGUUAGCGCACAGCGUGGGUUCGCCCGACCGACCCGACCAGGGAGGAAGGUCUUCCCUUGAAUGAAUCCGAUGGGUGUGAGAGCUGGGGAAGCAGGAAGGGGUGGACGGUUGUACGAGCGGCAGUUGGAGUCUACAAGAAUCCUGUGAUACUAUUGCUACAGAUGAAG